UGAGCGCGCGGAACGCGGAAGCGUGAGUCAGACAGUCAGUCAGAGUCAGUGCACCAAAGUUUCCCGAGGAACAAGAUCAGUUGCAGGAGACAAACAUGUGGCCGAAUCAAGGACCUCCGGUUCAGCCGCCCAAUCCUGCCUAUCCGGGACCUCCAAACCCUGGAUAUCCAGGCAUGCCUAUCCCAUCACACCCCGGACAGAACCCUGCCUAUCCGCCUGGCAUAAACCAGCCCAACACCAUCCCGUACAUGACCCCGAACCAACAGCCUUUCCCUCCCGGUCCGCAAGGCCCCUAUCCUGGACCGGGGCAACAGUACCCCGGCCCCUAUCCCGGAGCGGGGCAACCGUUCCCUGGACCUGGGCAUCCGGGACCGUAUCCCGGAGCUGGGCAUCCAUGCCCCAUCCCGGCUGGAAUGAGUGUACCUGGUCAUAAGAAACACAAAAAGAUGAAAAAGAUGAAGAAAGGGCAUAAAGCUCAUAAAGCUAACAAGGAACAUAAACAUAUGAAACAUGGCAAGCAUUCGUCCAGCAGUAGCAGCAGUAGCAGCAGCAGCUCAGACUGAAGAUCAGCUCCACUACAGCAUUCAUGCACUAACACACAACUUAAAUGCCUCUUUUUCUAAUGAAAACCAUGUCUAAUUUCCAGUGUCAGGGCAAUUGAGAGACAAUUGCGUAAACCAGGAGCAAUAAAAUAGAUAAUCACAUUAUGUUUUAAAUAUACCUAUAAUAUACCUAAAUUUCUGUGAAUCUGAAUGCUUUUCUCAAUCAAUUACUUUUUACAAGGCAAAAAAUAAAUAAAUAAAAUCACAUAAUGCUUCCAGGCAUGAAUCUGCAACCGUUUAUUUAACUGUGAAAUGUGAUUGACCAUCUGACUGGUUGUGAAGAGAAUUCUCGUCAGUUAACGAAACUACUUUGCCAUCAUUUAGCAUGUUUUAAUUAUUAACCUUUUACUGACAAUUAUACAAUUAUAGCCUAAAUCAAACUUAUUUAAAACUAAAUGCUUGAAUUUAUCCAUUUAGAAAAAAUAUGGUUGAGUUAACAUUUUGUUUUGUAAUAGUUAAUAGACUCAAUAAUGCUUUUGCCGAUUUUAAAAGAUUUUUGAAACAAUGCCCAUAAUUUAUUUUUUUUUUUUUGUACAUUUCUUUGUGCUUUUUACUAGUCUAAGCAAUCAACAUGUGUUGAUCAAAGUUGUUCAGGAAUUUAUGAAGCUGAAGUAGAUCUUGUUAACAUAUCCAUGAGUAAUAAAGUCACGUGAUGCAUUUCAGACUGUAGACUCUCUAAAGUGUGUGUGAGAAAUCAUUGUUGAACUCCGCUGCAUAAUUGCUGUUGGUUUAUAAUGAGGCACUUAAUGUGUUUCAAUAAAUAAUAUAUUAAAGUCCACCUGUGGUAAAAAUCCAGCUUUUAA